ACAUUAUCGUGUAUAGCUGCGAAAAUGAAGACCAACUUCACCGUGGAUGAGGAGGAAUGCAUACUUAAUAAAAUAAUCGAGCAGAAAAAGUAUUACACGUUGCGAGACGAUGAGAGCUUUUGGAGGAACUUAAGCAAAGACGGGAAUUUCAGAAACAGACCGUGGACUAGUUUGAAAACCCAUUUUUUGAGGCACAUUUUCCCCAAUAUUCGCAAAUACAACAUUUCCGAAUUAGAACGAAGAAAAAUCCAGGUGGCUAUGAUACAAACCGAUCCAAACGAUCGCAUUUCCGAUGAUAGUAUCGAAUUCGAUUAUUAAUAACACGUCGUUUUAUA